AUGUUUUUAUUUAAAGUUGAUGGCUGUAGAAAUUACACAGUUCUAAGUGAAGCUGACCGCCAUUGGCAGAACAAAGGAAGAUGGCCUAAGAAGGACCUGGUAACUGGUUGGUACCGUUUCCAAGGAGCUGACAGGGAUCGGAUAGCAGACACAUGUGUUAAGGGACGAUGCGGUACUGACUACUCAGGUUGGCUUGAAGGUGGGCACCCGUCAGUCACAGAAGGUGCAGUGACCCGUAAAGUCUGUUUCAGUGGCAAUAGAUUUUGCUGUCCUAGGAGUCACUUAAUUAAAGUGAAGAACUGCAGUUCCUAUUACGUGUAUGAGUUACAGAGUACCGUUGUUGGCAAAAUUCUUCGCUCGUGUGAAUCUACAGCAACCUUGAUAGCUUUGAGGGAUUUGUGCUANGGCAAAAAUUUCUGCUGUCUUGGGAGUCACUUAAUUAAAGUGAAGAACUGCAGUUCCUACUACGUGUAUGAGUUACAGAGUACCGUUGUUCGCAAAAUUCUUCGCUCCUGUGGUAAUGAAAGUGAGACAAUAGAAUCUACAGCAACUUUGGCCAUUAAAUUCAUUUCUGAAUUGGACAGAUUAGAUGUUCGGCAAAACACUUCCUUACAGGAGGCUCUUGGUUUAUUUCAAAACAUUACCAAGCUCUGCAGAAACAUAGAUUCUGAGGAUGUUCAAGAACGAAAAGAAUCUAUCUUUAAAAUAGCAGAUAGCUUUGAGGGAUUUGUGCUAAACUAUAGCCAUCACUACCUCAGCGAGUCAACGCCAAAGAUAGAUGUCGUUUCUACCAGCCUUGCUUUGGCUAUUCGGCGAGGCUACCGUGACUUUCUUCUUGAAGAACCUGAAAGACAAGCCUCUAUGAAAGUUUCUUCAACUAAUUUCUACAAAAAUGAAACGGUCGUGGUUGGUAUUGCUUAUAAAGAUCUUCACGAGUUACUUGUAAAAAAUCACUCCAAUAGCCAUGGACAUAGCAACUCCAGGUAACAAGUCAUCUGGGAGUUCUUGCUUUUCUAUAAUUACGCAUUUUUAGGCAAGGGCUUGUCGAAAUUCUUCAAGGAGGCCGCGGAAAUUAGAGGAAAAUCAGUGAAGCUAAAACCGUCGAGUCUCGUGAAUAUCACUUUAAAAAAAAGUGAAAAAACGCAACAGCAACCUAAUAGAUGCACACAUGAAGUGAGGAAAGGCGUCUUUGUUGUCUUUCUUUUCCGUAUUUACAGCAA